AUGUCGUCACAGACCGAGUUGGUCAACAAAAUCUCCGCCAAAAGUAGCAUUUCGGACACCGCUUCUCAGCCGGGAAAUCCUGCUCAUGAUCACAAGAGCGCCCGAAAUGACAGCGCCUCGCGAAUCGGCAGUGAGAUAGAGGGCACUCUGCCAGAAGAUGAGACGACUGGCGAGGAAGAAGUCCACGCCGAGCAGGAAGCAGUCAAGUCAGCCUCGCCCUCCAAGGGCAAAAAGCGCCAAGCCGAAGAGAGCCCUGCUCCCUCUGCUGCAGCCAAGAAGCAGAAGAUCAAGGCUACUCCCAAGCCAAAGCGCAAUGGAAAUAAGCCCACCAAUGCCGCUGAGCCUGCGGCUUCCAAGAAGAAGCGCAUCAAAAAUUCUAUCCGCAACAAGAUCGAUCAAAUCACAGCGUUCCUGAGCAGCAGCGCGGCCGCGUCCUCUCGCCUGGACAGAGACAGUGGCAACAAGCACUUCGUCACCAUCAAGGAAAGCGCUCUUCUCGGCGCUCUGAUGGCUCUCCGCGCCGACUGGGAGGUGUCAGAUCCCCGCCAGGCCUCCCUCCUCGACGCUGAAGAAGUCGUUGUCCGUGAAUUUGCUGCACCAGUCGGAACUGAGCAGAUCCCGGCCAGAUUUAUGGGUAAGUCUUACCAGAUGAUCUCCGAUACAACGAUAGACUCCAUAAUAACCGACAUCUAGUCAUCGACCUCUCCAAACGCACGACCCUGGAGAGUAGCAUCCACCUAAAGAUCGAGAAUUGGGGUCUUGAUGGCAUCGGUCUCCUGGAGGCUGAAUUAGAAAUGUACGCAAAGCAGCUUGAGCAGGUUGCGGCUUUUGUAUUGCUCGAGGCUGUUGAGGAGGCUUGCGGCAGCGAGCCAUCAUCCCCUUCGCCGUUGCCACCAGCCGAAACAGCCGCAAAGCCAGCCGCAGAGCCAGCCGCAAAGCCAGCCGCAGAUCCAGCCGCCAAACCAGCAGUUGAGGCGGCAGCAGAAUCGACAGCCAAGCCAGCAGCAGAGUCAGCAUCAGAAUAA